AGACUGCACAGUGUUUUUGUCCUGGGGAAGUUGAGGAGGAACAGCCUGGUGGAUGAUAUACUUAGGGGUGUUCCAAGGAAUAUUCAAGAUACCUUUACUGGAAAUCAUUUUGCUGAAAUUAUUGAAACAGUGAUUCUUGAAUUUGAAGACAAGGCACACUGUGGUGGAAUAUGGACUCCCUGGGUCUGGGGAACUCUACCCCUUCAGCUUUGCUUGUUGCUGUCCACAUGGCCACUCUCUUGUGCUGGUUUGCACACUGUCUGCAUCCUUCCUCAGAAUCUGUCUCCCCGUCUUGACUACAGGAGUGUGGACCUUUCUUCACAGCCUCUCUGGACACACUGUCUUGCAUCCUCCAGGAAAGAUGCGGCAGCUCAAAGGGAAGCCCAAGAAGGAGACAUCCAAGGACAAGAAGGAGCGGAAGCAGGCCAUGCAGGAGGCCCGACAACAGAUCACCACAGUGGUGCUGCCCACACUGGCUGUGGUGGUGCUUCUGAUAGUGGUGUUUGUGUAUGUGGCCACACGCCCCACUAUCACCGAGUGAGCACCUGGCUGCCAAGGACUCCUUGGGCAGGGAGGGGGAAGCAAAUGAAAAAUGGCUUUCAUGUGCAGAGAUGUUCCUGCUGCUGCGCUCUAAGCAGGAACACCCUGCUUCUCUGGUCUUUGACUUGAUUAAAGUUUCUCCACUUUUCUUGGGAGGGAAUAGGGAACGUUUUAUCAGUAAACGUGCCAUACACCUUAUGGUCCACUUCAUGUGCCUUUCAGACUUCAAAGCAGUGUGUGUGUGUGUGUGUGUUUGUGUGUGUUUCUCUCAUAAAUCUAUAUGUAGCUCCACCUGGUGAGAGGACGACUUUGGGUCAUGAAGCAGCUGGAAUCAGUGCUCACCUCAUCCCCAUUGUUUGGAACAUGCCACUUCCUACACGUGUUCACAAUUUCCAAAGGGACUGUAUGUCUUCUCUGUGCUUAAUGUGAUUUGAAAUAUGUUGACUCAAAGUGAAAUAUUUAUUUUUUGAAUAAAGGAGAUAAUAGCCUUAAA